UGUAGGAUUUGGUGUGAGAGCCACAUUAGUCAGAGCUUUCAGAGGGCUGAACGCCGCUGAUGGAAACAGAGCCCUCAUCUAUAGCACAUAAAAUUUUAACUUAAGAAGCUACAGCCGCUUUCGGAAAUUACAACAUUAUUGGACUGACAACGUGUAUGCUUAAGGCAACCUGUGCAGCUUUCAAAUAGUUUGUAGCACGACCGGGCAAUCUUUUAUUAUUUGAGUUAUAGGUAACUGCAAUUCGAAAUCGUAUUGCUUGGAAGUUGAUGCAGGUUUUCUAUAGCAUAGGCAGGGUCGCCAGUUUCACUACUGUUAAAAUCAAUGGUGUAAUUAAUCUGGUCCUGUGGAUACUAUGAAGCAAAUAGGCGCUGCAGAUAUUACGGACUCCAAGGAGUGCUUGUUGGUUCGGGACAGGAGGGAUAGCGAUAUGCGCUCCCGGGAAAGGAUGGAAGGGGAGGUGGACCGCUUGCGUACCCGGGAGAGACUGGAAGCGACUCUUGCCGGACUGGGAGAAUUGGAAUACCUGAGACAAAGACAGGAAUUGUUGGUCAGGAGUAUACUAAGUCACCAGGAAAAUUGUACGAUAACCGGGGGAGAAAAAGUAUGUGGCGCAGUGGAGAACUACUUAAGCUCCGAAGAAAAACUCUUGGAAGAAAAUAUUUUAUUGCUAAGAAAACAGUUGAACUGUCUGAGACGAAGGGAUGCCGGUUUGAUUAAUCAGCUGCAGGAGCUGGACAGACAGAUCAGUGACCUGCGACUGGACACUGAGAAGGUGUCACAUGAUCACAUGGAGACUGACAGCCGCCCCAGUUCAGGUUUUUAUGAGCUGAGCGAUGGGGCGUCGGGAUCCCUCUCAAACUCCUCCAACUCGGUCUUCAGCGAGUGUUUGUCCAGCUGCCGUUCCAGCACCUGCUUCUGCAGCCCUCUGGAUGCCUCGCUCAGCGUCUCUGAGGGCAGGCUCAGAUCUUCAGAUGACCUGUUGGUUUGUGUUGAGUGCGAGGGUCUGUGCGACGAGUCAAAUUCUGGGGCAGUCAGGAGGUCAUUCUCCGCCCCCUACUCUCCUUCUGUCGAUGGCCCUUCUGACAGUCAGUCGAAAUACCACUGUGACCUAAUCGCCAAGAACGGGAGUGACGUGUACCGCUACCCCAGCCCGCUGCACGCUGUGGCUGUCCAGAGCCCCAUAUUCUUUCAGUCUCUUGUUGGCCACUUGAAAGAUGAGGGUGUCCCACCGAAGGCUGGUGAGGCUUUGAGCGACUUGGUAAAGCCUGAGGUUCCCGUAGCAUCCCAGAGCCCCACCUGGCCAGCUUCCUGCACACCCAGCAAGAAAUUGGACAAUUACAUCUUUGGGCUACUUCAGAGGAGGGCUCAGCCUAUGAGGACCAACAAGCCGAGGACCAGUAUAAACACGGACCCUUCCAAGAGCAUUUUGAGACAAGCCAGCCUCUGUGUGCGGCAAGCCAGUGGCCAGUCGCAAGGCAAGACCCCUGAGCUCAAAACAAACUGGCCAGUGUGUUUGGCAGCUGGUGCAGUGAACAGCGGUGAUGCUGGUGUGGGGUCUCCUUUGAAACAGUGGGCAUCUGAAGUCAAAGGUGAACCUUCAGAGAAUGGGAAGACCCACAUCUUAAACUAUGUUCAGAGUGAACAUUUAAAUGACAAAGAUGUUCAGACAAACAGCCUCCCAAAACAGAAGGGGUUUGCGGCCAGUAAAGGUUUUCCAUCGUGUGCUACAUCCAAGGAUUACCAGGACCCUGGCAGCCCUCAUGUGGGCUCUUCCACAGCAGACAACUAUCCUUACUUAGAAAAGCUGGACGGCUCCAAAGUUUCACAGCAGAGAACACCAAGUCCGAAGAAAUGCCCAAAAUCCCCCCAAGCCAGUGCGCCUCCUCUGGAGGACAGGCCUACACUUGAGUUAGUUAGUUUAGGCUCCUCCUCCCAUAGUCAGGAUGAAUGUGGGCCGAUGGUCAGUGCCCAGUUCGUCCCGGCUCAGAAGCAGGCUGUGAAGCUCCGUAAAGGCAGCAAGAAUGUGAAGGUUGUGAAAGUGAAGAGCACCGCGCUGAAAUCCCGGGUUCCUGCUGAGUCUGCUCUGGAGGCGGGGCGAGAGAAGCCACGGGCCGGGUUCAGGAAGCAUCGUUUCCCUGAGGAAGCGCACAACCCACACAGAGCCUGCAGGAAAACCUCCUCCAGGGCAAAGAGAAUCCCUGCAGCCAUCCCAGAGGGGCGGGUUGUGGACAAACACCCACCUCCAUCAGCAGCCAAGAUGGCUGCCUCAAGACAUCACACGCAUGGACGUGAUUCAGUGCUCGCAAAACCAAAGUACAAGAGGAGCGACUACCAGAGGCUGAAAUCUAUAACUGAGGUCCCAUAUGAGGAGGCCAUGAGGAGAGCACGGAGGAGACAGAAAAAGGCUGUUUUGGGGCAUGUGUCUGCAAUGUACCUUCCAUCAAACAGUCAGUACACCAGCCCUUAUGCCUAUGUGGGCAGCGACUCGGAGUAUUCUGCUGAGUGUGCCUCCCUGUUCCACUCUACCAUCCUAGACACAAGUGAGGAUGAGAAAAGCAAUUACACCACCAACUGCUUUGGGGACAGUGAAUCCAGCUUCAGUGAGGCUGACUUUGUAGGGGAAAGCACCACGACCAGUGACUCUGAAGAGAGUGGGGGGGUGAACUGGCCCCAGUUUGGGCAGGCUGGACCCGUCCUCCCCCAGCAAAUGAGCUCAACACAGGCCAAGGCCUUUGUGAAGAUCAAGGCAUCACACAACCUCAAGAAGAAGAUACUUCGCUUCCGGUCAGGGUCUUUGAAACUCAUGACAACCGUGUAAGAAACUCCAUAAUGAUUCUGCCAAUUGAAUUGGCCGCUUUUCACCCAACAAGUGCCUAGUCUGGUUUCAGCAUCUGGUUAAAAUCUGUCCCUGAGACUUUUAAAAAGAAAACGAACGGGGGUGGUACAACUGGUAGGAUAUGUGCUCAGAAAACCCCCUAUACCUGCACUUUCUGACAGAUAUCACAUGUUGGGUACUGUUUCUAAAGCAUUAUCUGUGUGACACCAUUAUUUUAAUGUAUUUAGCCAUUUUUUAAUAUUUAUUGACUCCAUACUUGCAGUAGUGCGCCUAUAUGGUAUAUUAUGUAAAUACAUGUCAUUGACUUGGUUUACUUUUGUAUUAAAAUAUUUAAAGCUUAAUAUAUUUGAUUAGUCAUGGAAAGGAAAAUGAGAUGGAAUUUGACUGAUGAAUGAAGCAGAUCUUUACUUUAAGUGAAGGGGAAGAAAGCGCUUUGGAUUGACUCAGUCUAUCCAAAGGCUGCAGAGGUUUCAGAACAUCUUCAAGAUAAGCGCUGAUAACAUGGUGCUUCUGAUAUAUGUGCACAUAAUAUAUGCAUGGGAAACUGCUUUACCUGUUUAUGUUGAUGCCAAAUAGCUGUAAAUUGCAUCUGGUUGUAUAUAACAUUUCUGUAUAUUGUUAAAACUGGUGCUUUCUUUUUUAUGCUUUAAUAAAUGUCUGCUUUAAAGUUCAGAA